AUUGUUGUUAUUAUUAUCCUAAAUCAAUUGAUAAUAAAAAACCAAAUAUUGAUAAAAUACAUAUUACUAUUAUUAUGGCUCUUGAGCAAGUAUUAAUACAAUAUUAUUCAAAUCAACAAACAAAUCAAGGCCAAAACCAAGAACAAACUGAAGAUAAACCAGACCUACCAGAACAAGACAAAAAUGUAGAAAUGGAUAAUCCUUAA